AUGGUUAUCCCGAUCAAGUGGAACCCCCCAGACCCCCCUUGGGUUAAGCUCAAUGCUAAGGGUAACCUGCGUGAUGCUACUGGAAACGCGAGAGGAGGGGGGAUCAUCUGUAAUCACCGUGGCGCGCUACUGAAAGCCUUCACCACACCACUUCGCGUUGGGUCGGUCCUUGAAGCAGAGCUAAGCGCAGUCCUUCGCGGGCUUCUGUUGGCCAAGGAAUUUGGAACUACAAUCUGGAUUGAAUUGGAUGCGACACAAGUCAUCUCACUCAUCAACACAAGGAACUCGAGACCAGCUCAGACGCGCCACCUCAUGGCACAAAUCACUCUCCUCCAACGGUCCUGUGUCCUCAAGGCCACCUUCGUUCACCGUGAAGGUAACAUGGCUGCUGGAUCUCUAGUCAACAUGGCUCUGGCUUUAUCUCCAAUGUUAAUCUUUGAUGGCCUCUCGGCCCCAAGACAUCUCAAAGCAAUCGUCCGGAUGGAACAAAUGGGAAUUCCAAAUAUUAGAGUUGAGAAUGAGGAAUAG